AUGGCAACUUGUUUCACAUCGCAACCUGUAUUGUUUUUGCUUGUAGGGAAUCAAGAUCUUUGGAAGUGCUUUGAUCUUUUUGUACCAAUGUCUAAGUGCCCCUUCUUGCCUCCAUGGAGUGUUGUACGAUCACAAGUAUGCAGUGGUGUAUUCACUUUUGUUUGGAAUCUUAAUAGUGCUCAAAUGGAAGUCACAGGGCAAGUUACAAAACAGGUUUAUGGAUUGAGACAUGAGCAAGGAUGUGGCAUGAUUACAUUGAUAUAA